AUGAAGAAACUGGCCACUAGUUUAAUCUUUGGGAGUCUUAUGUUGGCCUCCCACCUGCCUUUUGUAGUGACUUUACCUAAACCACUAGACAUCCCAGAGAAGCUGCAGGAAGCUGUUGGCACAGUUAUUGUCAGUGCUACGGCUUGUACUGUCACCUGUGGCCUUGGCUAUAAGGAGGAGACUGUCUGUGAGGUGGGCCCUGAUGGGGUGAGAAGGAAAUGUAAGUUUCAGCGCUUGGAGUGCCUGACCAACUGGAUGUGUGGAAUGCUCCACUUCACCAUUCCCAUGGGGAAGGAGUUUGAGCUGAGCUGUCUGAGUUCAGACAUCCUGGAGGUUGGGCAGGAAGCUUUCUGGUUCACCUGGAGACUUGCUCGAGGUAUCAUCUCAACUGAUGAUGAGCUCUUCAAACCCUUCCGAACCAACACCCACUCUGUCAAGUUUGAAUCUGCCAGUGAGUUUGAUGCUGGGACGUACCGGUGUGAUGUGCAGAUGUUAAAAAACUUGAAGCUUGUCAAACGGCUCUAUUACGGACUGAGGGUCCUCCCUCCUCACUUGGUGAACCUGAAUUUCGAUCAGUCGCUGACAGAGGAUCAGAAGUUAGUAGAUGAGGGUCUGGAAGUGAAUCUGGACAACUAUUCCAGGCCUCUCCGUCCAACAUGGAAAAAACAUGUGGCGUCUGCCUUGGCAAUAGGCCUCGCCAGUGGAGUGGCUGGUGGUGUGAUGGUGAGCAUAGCCCUCUACAGCGGACUGAGGAUGAUCCACAGUGACAACACCCUGAAUGGCUUAAAAACGUUGUGCCUGAAGGACUGA